AUGGAAUUUGUAAACAUUGAUAACAAAGUUUCUGAAGAGUUUUCUUAUGCAGAAAUUAUUGAAACAGUACAUCCUUCACAAAAUAAUGAAGUUGCUGAAGAUGAAGACGAAGGAAUUGAACCUGAACCUUCUAUACCAGUUAAAAAUGGUGAAUCAGAUUCAGCCACCAGCUCUCAACGAGAUUAG